AGUGGUCAUACGUUGCUGAACGAAGUUGCUGCUCGCUGGUGCCAACGCCCGGCAAAACAGACAGCUAACGUUUGUUACUGUGACCCAUUGCUGACGAGUUUGCCAGCUGAACCAGAAAGCAGAGAUGCAGACUAUCAAAUGUGUGGUGGUGGGCGAUGGAGCUGUGGGAAAAACUUGCCUCUUGAUUUCAUACACCACCAACAAAUUCCCCUCUGAGUAUGUACCAACAGUGUUUGACAAUUAUGCAGUAACUGUAAUGAUUGGAGGAGAACCAUACACUCUUGGAUUAUUUGAUACAGCAGGUCAGGAGGAUUAUGAUAGGUUACGACCACUAAGCUACCCACAGACAGAUGUCUUCUUAGUCUGCUUCUCAGUUGUUUCACCUUCCUCAUUUGAGAAUGUUAAAGAAAAGUGGGUUCCUGAAAUAACUCACCACUGUCCCAAGACCCCGUUCCUCUUGGUUGGCACUCAGAUCGACCUGCGCGAUGACCCCUCCACAGUGGAGAAGUUAGCCAAGAACAAACAGAAGCCUAUCACCCCCGAGACAGCAGAAAAGCUGGCUCGUGACCUUAAGGCAGUCAAAUACGUUGAGUGCUCAGCUCUAACACAGAAAGGGUUAAAGAAUGUGUUUGAUGAGGCAAUACUUGCUGCCCUGGAGCCUCCUGAACCUAAGAAAAGACGUAAAUGUGUCCUACUCUAAGUUCCAUCGCAGCCUUCUCCGUACCACUUUCCAAAUCCAGGUUAACAGUAUUGAAGACGUUUCCCACACCAGCACAUUUAAAGUUGAGUCAUGACAUAUUGACUGAAUUAGCCUAAAUACAUGUUGUCUGUGAUUGAAUUAGAUAACAUUUGAUGAUGUUGGUGAAUAUUUAAUUUUACAGAAAUGGUCUUGCAUAAUUGGGGCACUGAAUAUGUGAAGUAUGUCAACAAAAUGAAGGCAACACCAUUCGGUUACAUUUGUUUGACCACAUUAGUUUAUUUUUACCCAAGUGCUGUUGCAAAAGACUUUGACGUGGUAUUUUAGCAGAUCUGACUGUUUUAUAAACUAAGUGCCCUGUAAAACAAAUAAGCUUGUAAUGAUGGGUUAGUGAAAUGCUCAUAUUCUGUAUUAGUGCAACCCACAACUAUUUCUCGAUUUGUAUUUCCUUAUGUCAUUUAUACCAUAUAUUCAACCCUGGUUUACAAGAAUUCCUUUAGUCAAGUCUGCUUUUUUUUCCCCUCCCCUCACACAGUCAGUCAAUAUAGAUCCUUUGAGAAGUUAAAGUGCAGAUUUUUUUGUUUUGCAGGUAUUUUUCCUUAAGAAUUGACACAACUUUCGAAAGAGUAAGAGUCACUGUGUUACACACAACGUUGAUAUGUAAACACGGUCUGCUCUAAGGUCUCAGAACUACCCGUGUAACACAAGGUGUAACACAUUGAGUUUGCACAAAGAUAACCUGAUUAAUUGAUGACUGAUGACAAAUGGCUAGGAAAUAGAGCUUGAGUUCUUUAUUUUUCUUUUCUUUUUUAAAAAGAGUACAUUCCAUUGGAAGUCAUCUCUCACACAGUCACUGUCAGUUUAACUAACUACAUUCACUGAGCACAAUUAAAUCUUUGAAAAGAUGAGUCCACAGGAAGGUGAUGUGAAAACAGAGUGUUGCCUGAGAUUUGCAGCUUAAAACCACUUAACAUGGGCUACUUGCUGCUGCACUGAAGCAUCAUAAAGAUGACGACAACAGUGACUGUUCUUAAUAAUAUAUGUAGUUUAAGAACCUGUGAAGAUGACUGAUCUAGUUCUAUUUCCACUUGUCAGGGCUUGAAUUAGAUUUGUGUAUAUAUAUAGUGAAAAUAUACUUAAAAGACUGAGAUGUGUGCUUUACUGACAGAGAAAGAAGCUGACAUGACGAUGAAUUCAAAUUAACGAGGGAAAUUACAAGUUUCUUGGUCUGUAUGAUUUUUGUCCAAUUUGACAUCAGAGUUGUACUGUAUCCUGCUUGUGAUAGAACAUCACAAUAAACCAGUAUUACAAAUAAACCUCACUUCAAAUACUA